AUGAAGCGCAAGCCGGCUAAGCAGGCACUGCAAACACAGCAACAAUAUGCUAUUGUCGUAUUCCGCUCAUCGUGUCCCUAUAAUAACGUGCGCGACAGACUGAGCACUACGACCGACUCCAUGGAGCGAGAGACGACUCAUGAAAUGAAGAUCCCUACGAUUAUUAUCACGCCCCCUUUACCAUCACCGACUGCAUUACCGAACUGCAUGCUGGCUGCUCUGGAGACGAUCGCAUGCCCGAAGGCUACCGAGGCUACCCACCUAUCCGAGAGUGCACGGAAUGCCAUCAUCACAGCAAACAAAAACGAGCUGUACAGAAAUGAAAGCGAGAGAAAUGACAAGGCUCUUCCGAUUCCGCGAGCUACAGAAAACGUCACUCGCACACUCAAUACCGACAAAGGAAUGUAUAGGAAGAGCCAUCCCGCUGCGGGCUCGACAUCCCAAAAUUGCGAGGAUGACAGCGACUGGGUCAUCAUACCUUUCGUGCGUGCUCGACCGGGCGCUUGGAGUCUACCAAACGCGAGCUACAUGGCGCAUGCCGAGGAGAGCACCCACACAGCGCUGAAUCGGCGUGACGCCUCGUGCAAGCAUGAUCAAAAGAGCACGCACCGCACCACAGUCAGUGACGGAACAUUAGCUGAUUCCGCGACACAUCCUCUGCCUCGGAGGAUCCCUCGGAACCACCGCAGGCAAGGCAACGCAGAGUGGCGCUACGCCAUCUACAUCAGCUCUGCGGUCUGGCCGACGGGAUCUCGUCCCAUUGGCCACAAACAUUUCAAUGCAGGACGUCUUUUCAAGCUUGGUCCCGGCUGA